AUGUUAACACCAACAAGUCGUAUAUCCUUACCGUUGCGGCGGAACCUCAGCAGGCUUUACCGCCCUGCCACGUUGGUCACCAAGAAGAAUAUAUCAACCACUUCGGUGAGACGGAACGAACUUCACGAUGGAGACUUGAACAGCGUACGGCCAAUGUUUGACCUGAAAGGUCGAAACUACAUCAUCACGGGAGGUGGGCGUGGAAUCGGAUACGCAAUCACUCGUGCCGUGGCAGAGAUGGGAGGCAACGUGGCUGUCCUGGACGUGCUGCCCUCUCCGGUCAAAGACUUUGGUACCUUGGAGGGUGACUUUGGAGUCAAGGCCAGAUACAUCCAUGCCGAUGUGACGAGCGGUGAGAGUCUGACAAAAGCAUUCGACCAGACUGUCUCGGAAUUUGGAAGUCUUGAAGGAUGUGUGACAGCUGCUGGCAUCUGCAUUGACAAACCAUUUGGAGAGUGGUCGUGGGAAGAGGUCCGGAAAAUCAUGGACAUCAAUGUUACCGGUACAUUCUUCGCGGCUCAAAUGGCCGCGAAACAGAUGGAGAAGCAAGGCACCGGCGGAAGCCUUCUCCUCAUCGCUUCUGUAUGCGCGCACUGCGCCAUUCCCGGGCAGUUGCUAUCGGCAUACUACGCCUCGAAAGGUGCAGUGAGGAUGCUCAAUACGGCCUUGAGUGUUGAAUUGGCCCCGCAAGGCAUUCGCUGCAAUGCAAUCUCACCCGGCUUCAUCAAUACCGACAUGAGCAAGACCUUGCGGGAACAACGUCCGCAUUUGGUGGACAUUAUGCAUUCUUCGCCACCGUUGAAGAGAAUCGGUAACCGCAACGACCUGCUCGGUGCCGCCGUAUAUUUGCUGAGUGAUGCCUCUUCGUACACCACAGGUGCUGACAUCACAGUUACUGGAGGGUUGCAUGCUGGCAGAAUUUGGACUUGA